AUGAAGAAGAAAAUUCUGAACGCCAUUGUCCUCCUCCUCUUCAUCUCAGCAUUCUCCUUCUUCAUCUUCAUCAUCCAACCAGACAGACUAUACCUACACGGUGUCGUUUACGAGGUUCGGGUCAUCAAUGGCUUCACCAACAAUUCAUCUUUGCCUUUGGUCAUAUGGUGUUCUUCAAAAGACAGCGAUUUAGGUGGGAGGGCGUUGCAAGAACACGAUGAUUUCAGCUGGAGAGUCACAACCAAGAUGUGGAACACCAACCAAUUCUGUUGUACCAUGAAAUGGGAUGCCAAGAGGAAGUCUUUUGAUGCGUUUAAGGUUCCUAGGGACUUCUACCGAUGUGGGAUUUUCAAGAAAUGUUCUUGGUUGGUUAGGGAAGAUGGCUUCUACUUUAGCCCUGAUGAGGUUAAUUGGAAGAAGGAUUUUCAGUGGUGAUCCAUCAAAACACACACACACACACACAACACCUAUUUGUGUAAUGUUAAUAUGUUACGUUGGUCUGUUUUUGUUUGUUUUCUUAUGCUCUCUUGUGUCUUGUCUUGUUGAUUAUGGAAUGAAAUGAGAAGAUAAAAGCAACAACGUUAAUUAGCUCUA